AUGUUUCUAAAGUAUCGAAAAAUCGAUAAAAAUCCCAACAGGCGGGGCUAUCCCGGGAUCAAUGGCAAAAAUCGGCGGUUGGUGCGGAUGAGGAAGAUAGAUGAACGCGAGCAGGCCUUGGUCGGCUGGGUCACCAUGGCCGACGCGCCACCAGCCGCGAAGCGUGCCCGCCUGAGCGCGGCUACCUUUGGCGAGGCCGUCCUGAAUGGCGACGAGUGGCUCGCAAAGUCCGAGGACGACGUGGAGCGCUGGCUGCGAUCGGAUGACCUCGCUGUUUGCCGGGAGACGACUGUGCUCGAGGGGCUCAUCCGCUGGGCAAAGCACGACUUCGGAGCGAGGCGCGACGCGUUCGUGAGCAUUCUCAACAGCGAGAUCUGCGUGCGGCUGUCCCGCUUUACCCGCGACGAGCUCAAGGCGCUCGUGGAGAAGCCGCCAAUCCCAGAGAUUGCAAACGCCUUCUCACGCCGCGUGUGCGAGGAGCUGUUUCGUCGAACCGAGGCUGGCGGCGCCCCGCCUGCACCGAUGCGUCUCUACGCGCAGCACGCCUUUGAGUUCCCAACGCAGUGUGUGCGCAACGGACCGGCCGGGGCCGUCCCCGACCUCAACGCUGACUCCUUCAGUCGCUACGUGCCCAAGCCGGCAUUCCUGAUGACAGUCUCCGCAUCGAAGAUCGUGGUGGGCGACCACGGUGGGCGCUCGGCAGAGCGCCGGUCCAGCAUCAAAAUCUACAACUCGUCCACGCUGCAGCUUGAGCGCGAAUUUGCCAGCGGUGGCGGGCGAGUGUCGGCCCUUGCCUCGCACGGCGACAAGAUCAUCAUCGGAGUGUCGGGAGGAUGCAACUUCUGCAACAAUGAGGACGAGAAGAUCGCCGGUUACGCGACCGGCUGCCUCUACGUGCUGGACUACGAGCACGGUGGCGCCUUCUCGCUGGACGCGCACGGCAGCGUGUACCGGCACGAAGACGGCGGGGGCGCCAACGUGCUUGUGCGAGACCCAAACUGGUCCGUUGACCGCCUCUUCAUGCACGGCGACUCUCUGGUGUCGAUGGGCUAUGGCACGCAGCCCGACUGGACCGCCGAUUCCAGCAUGACGUCCUCGCGGCACCUCGAGCAGCGCCAAGUCAAGAUGUGGGACACGGCCACCUGGCUUUGUACCAGCUCUGCUGAGGGGCCGUUCCCAGGCGACGGGCACACUGGCGCGGAGCUCUGCCUUUCCGUUGGCAAGUACGUCGUGAGCGUGUCCGCGCCGAGGCACGGGGGCUCCGCGUGGUACGGCGAGCUGCACGUGUGGGCCACGCCUUCGUGGCGGCAGACGCACGUGAUCAAGGUCGUCGGCGAUGGGCGCAUCGUCGGACCAGUCGCCCUGGCCAACAGCAAUGGCUACCUCGUCACCGCCUACGGCGGUGCGAUCGACACGACGGUCAAGCUGUGGGACCUCGAGUCUGCCACCUGCCUGACCUCCUUCCAGGCCGCGCACCCCGUGUCCUCGCUCCUCGCAGGCGACGGAAAGCUCCUCCUCUUCUACGAACCGGACCGUGACCUAGAGGAGAACCCCAAGCGCGGCGAGGACUUCGAGUCGCACGCCGACUUCGAGGUGCGCGACCUCGCCACUGGAAGCGUGGCUCGCUCGAUCGCAAACCCUCGGUACGAGCCGCUGGGGAGUGACGACUCGCACAGCUAUACGGCUCGUCACGCCGACCGCGAACGCGUUCGGCGUCGCAGUGUGGUCCGCGCCGCCUUCACGAGCAGCGGCAAGCUCGUCACCGUCGACCACCAGGGCGCUCUCCGCCUAUGGAAGUAG